AUGGCUUGCCCUUUGUUGGAUGAUGUAGUUGAUGAGGAAGUUUUAAUACUCAGACGAGCAUUCAGGCAUGAAAGAGUCUUCCGAGAUAGGGCAGACCCACUGGCCUUUUCAGACGAAUAUCUGACUGAGAGGUACAGAUUCUCAGUAUAUUUGUGUAGGCUGCUGGGUCCAAACAUACAGCACAGGACAGCACGGAGCCAUGCUCUCACUGUCCCACAGAUGGUCUGCGUAGCACUGAGAUUCUUUGCAAGUGGCAUGUUUCUGUAUUCUGUCGGUGAUGCAGAGCACCUCAAUAAAGCCACUAUUUGCCGCACAAUAAGAAAUGUAGGUCUGGCAUUGAAAUCUCUUGUGCACAUAUUUAUCACCUUCCCUGGUCACAGAAGAUUCAUCCACAUCAAGGAGGAGUUCUACAAGAUUGCAGCUUUUCCUAAUGUAAUUGGUGCAGUGGAUUGCACCCAUAUUCGUAUCAAACGGCCCUCAGGGGGACAUGAGGGAGAUUAUGUUAACAGGAAAUCCUUUCACAGUAUCAAUGUUCAGAUGAUCUGUGAUGCUGACUGCCUGAUCACAAAUUUAGAAGCAAAGUGGCCUGGCUCAGUCCAUGACUCCCGAAUCUUUCGGGCCAGUAGAAUUUACCAGAGACUCUCUCUAGGUGAGUUCUCUGGUGUGCUGCUGGGAGACAAAGGCUAUGCCUGUGAAACAUUCCUAAUGACUCCGCUUGCAGACCCCCAAACCCCAGCACAGCAAGCUUACAAUCAUGCCCAUGCCAAAACCAGGGCUCGAAUUGAAAUGACCUUUGGCCUCCUGAAAUCACGAUUUCAGUGCCUGUACCACCUGAGGGUCUCCCCAGACAGAGCAUGUGAUGUGACUGUUGCCUGCACAGUGCUGCACAAUAUUGCCACCCUACGAAAAGAGAGGGCUCCCAGAGUUGCUUUGCAUGUUGAUUGGGACAAUGCUGCCAUCUUCCCAGAUAACAGAAAUGGUAGACUGGUCAGGGAACAAUACAUUGCCAAUUAUUUCAGUUAA